AUGCUCAACAUCUCCUUCUUCGAACUGCUACCAACUGAAAUCCACGAACAACUAGCAAACUACCUCUCCUGCCACGACCGCCAGGCCCUCAGCCAAUGUAGCACCGUCCUCCAGGUCCAAUACCGCCGACUCGCAUGGCGGUUCUGUGAAGUUGUUCUCGAAUCUAAUCUCCGGGCCACCUCCUACAUUGCCUUUACCAGACAACCUUCUCCUCGCGAAAACAAGCGCGUGCUCAUUCCAGCAGCGCUACUGUGGGCUCCAGAACGGUACUCGUGGUUCCCUAGCAAUAGUGUUCAUGACGUCCGGUUCUGGUUCCAAAGCGAAUUGGACCCAGACGGAACCGAAUAUGUUUACGAAAAAUUGCUCGAACAAGACGUUUUCAGAAUCCAUAGAAAAUACCCCAUAGUGUUUUGGUGGCUGGCUAAAGUCUCCUUCUCCGCAAGUAUAUCGCCAGUCCAGGGAUUCCUGGACUCACCAUUCUACUGUGACCUCGAGCGACGGCUCACUCAGCAAACCGAUUUACACCCGUUCGAACUCGAUAUUAUGUUUAAAAUCUCAAAACUCGUCACACCAUUUACCUUCAUUCACCGCAUAAAGUACUCCCAUUCCAUCACCAAGUUGGAGUUUGAUCGCAACAUGAACAUCGAUGAGCCCAUUGCUGUUGAGUUCCCCAAUCUCGAAGUGGCCAAAAUAUCCCAUUUCAUCGAUUCCCGCAACUUCAAAGAUAUCAUGCAGAAAAUCUCCCACUCUAAAAAGCUUCGCGACCUGAGAAUCCACAUGAGCUGGGAUAUUCUAAGCCACUGGAAAGAUGCAAUCAACGAUGGACUUCUUCAAAUUGUUCCAGAUAUCGAAACUUGUGUCCUUAAAAUUUCGGAAACCUCGCUUCCAAGUGAUUACGACUCAGAACUCAAAUCCUUCCUUGUCCCACAAGUCACCUCCUUUGUCACAAGCACACACGACCUGCUUUCAGGUCACUGCAUCUUCCCGCGAGCUACAAGUAUGACAAUUGAACUCCACAGUAAUCUAUCUGCAUUUAGAUUCACCCCCCUGUCCACCUCCUUACAAUCAUUAAACGUCCAUAUUUGCGAAUUCACCCUCUCUCUCGCAUACUUCAUCAAAGCUAUUCCACAACUCCAGUCUUUGAAACAACUCAAGGUCAACCAACAAGAAACUCGCAUCUUCAUGUACAACUACGACAUUCAAAAUUACUGCACCCGUGUUGUCCAAAAGUUCCACGCCAAAACCUUUGUCUGCGAGCUUGAACUCGUCGACCUCCAACGCAAACUCAACCUUGAGAGUUUCAAUUGGAAAAUCCGCCAAGUCCUUGGCGUCGAUUUCGACAUUCUUAGCUCUAAAAUCCUUGAUCCCGUCGCAAGCUUCAUCCAUUGUACCGAGGUUUCAAAUAGCCUGCAAACUGAAAUCUUUGAAACAUUCCGAUACGAAUGCGGCGUCGCAAUUCAAAUGAUGUUUUACGACGCUCUUUUCUCCGUGCUCCCGGAUCUCCGCGCAUUGGAGUACUUUAAAUUAGAACGCUCCGAGGUCUGCUUCUACUCAUCUCUGGCUCUCACAAAUUUCCUUCUUCAUCAUCGUCCGCCACAACUUAAACAAGCCCUUCUCCAUUUCGUUGAUACAGACCCCACUUUCUGCGACAAGGAUGGGGUUCUCAGAUCUAUUUAUGACGAGUCGUUGCCAAUAAUAGAUGACGGUGUAUUUUCAGUUUGUCCGUUUUUCGGAAUCCUCCCCAAUAAUACAAACUAUGUCCGUGCAGGCACCCCACCUGGCCCGUUUGUUGGCAGCAGUAACAGCAACGGCUCUGUUAGUAGCACCAGCAGGAAUGGUAGCACCAGCAGCUCAUCCGCUCGCAGUUCUUCGAGCACUAAACGGACUUCAGAUGUUUCAACAACUACGCGAAUCUCUAGUGCCUCAACAACCACAGCAUUGACGGCCUCCAUUACUAAUGAAUCGCCCGGUAAGCCUUCGCACUCACCCAAUCACCCACCAACACCGCCGGCGCCUGGUGCAAGCAACCGAUCCGGAUGGCGGUAUCACUUACAGGGUGCUGCAACGCCGGCAACGGUGGAUGAGCGGUAUCGCGGAAGCUGCAAAAAGUCGCACGUGUUUUUGUACGACUUUUGUUAUGCCAAAGACCAGCCGCUGACUGAUGAGGACAUGCAGAGCAUAGUCAGAAACGAAGGCUCAUGGGUCACGGGCCAAUUUGGUGGGUGGAUAUAG